AUGGGCAUCCAGGGCAUGGAGCUGUGCGCCGUGGCCGUCGUCAUCCUCCUCUUCAUCGCCGUCCUCAAGCAGUUCGGCAUCCUCGAGCCCAUCUCCGUGGAAGACGGCGCCGACGACGACGUGGAGCUGGCGGCCGUGCGGCACCAGCCCGAGGGGCUGGCGCAGCUGCAGGCGCAGACCAAGUUCACCAAGGCGGAGCUGCAGUCCCUGUACCGGGGCUUCAAGGCGGAGUGUCCCAGCGGCCUCGUAGACCAGGACACCUUCAAGCUCAUUUACUCGCAGUUCUUCCCCCAGGGCGACGCCGCUGCCUAUGCCGGCUUCCUGUUCAACGCCUUCGACGCRGACGGCAACGGGCUCAUCUGCUUCCAGGAUUUCGUGGCCGGCCUCUCCGUGCUGCUCCGCGGGACGGUGCAGGAGAAGCUCCACUGGGCGUUCAACCUCUACGACCUCAACAAGGACGGCCGCAUCACCAAGGAGGAGAUGCUGGCCAUCGUGCAGUCCAUCUACGCCAUGCUGGGGCGCUGCACGCGGCCCGCGCUGCGGCCCGAGGCGCCCGCCCGCCACGUCGAGCGCUUCUUCCAGAAGAUGGACGCCGACCGCGACGGCGUGGACGAGGCCAUCGUGAGCUCCCUGCGCCUCUUCGAGGACACCGUCUAG